CCGCCCUUCGUCAGGCAUCUGCUGACAGGAGAGAUUUGCGAAUAGUGUUUAAGUAUCAUGGAGUCUUUAGGCUCUACUUUAACGGCGACUUAUGCCCACCCGAGGCCAACACCCACCAACUUCCUGCCCGCCAUCAGCACCCUGACGUCCAGCUACAGGAACCGCUUCCCCCACUCCAACUUGACCCACAGCUUGAGCCUUCCUUGGAGACCAAGCACAUACUACCGAGUAGCCUCCAACUCACCCAGCUUGGCCCCAUACUGCACCAGAUCGCAGAGGGUGUCUGAGAGCACCAUGACUCCCUUCAUUUCCAACAGAACCACUCUCUUCACAAGGUACACCCCUGACGAUUGGUAUAGGUCCAAUUUAACCAACUACCAAGAGUCUAACACUUCCCGGCACAAUUCAGAGAGACUAAGAGUGGAUACAUCUCGCCUGAUUCAAGACAAACAUCAACAAACAAGAAAGACCCAGGCAGACAGUACCCAUAACUUGGGAGCACGUGUCAGUGACAUAGGGUUCUGGAAAUCUGAAAUCAUUCAUGAGUUGGAUGAAAUGAUUGGGGAGACGAACGCACUUACUGAUGUUAAGAAAAGAUUAGAGAGGGCUCUGAUGGAGACAGAAGCCCCUCUUCAGGUUGCCCGAGAAUGCCUGUUUCAUAGAGAGAAGAGAAUGGGAAUUGAUUUAGUUCACGAUGAAGUUGAAAAAGAACUGCUGACGGAAGUUGAUACUAUUCUGUGUUGUCAAGAAAGAAUGAGGCUACAUUUGGAUAAGGCUAUUGCCCAGCUUGCAGCCAACAGAGCUGCCCAGCAUGAGCUGGAGAAGGACCUGAGUGACAAGCAGACAGCCUACCGGAUCGAUGACAAAUGCCACCACCUGCGAAACACCUCAGAUGGCGUCAGCUAUUUCCGUGGGGUGGAGAGGGUUGAUGCGACGGUCUCAGUGCCUGAGUCCUGGGCCAAAUUUACAGGUGAUAAUAUUCUCCGCUCCCAGAGUGAACGGGCUGCCUCUGCUAAAUUGAGGGACGACAUUGAAAACCUCCUGGUUGUGACUGCCAAUGAGAUGUGGAAUCAGUUCAACAAAGUGAACUUGUCUUUCACCAAUCGCAUCGCUGAGACUGCAGAUGCUAAGAAUAAGAUUCAGGUUCACUUAGCCAAGACCCUGAAGGAGAUUUACCAGACUGAAAUGACCAUAGAAUCCAUCAAGAAGGCCAUCAAGGACAAGACUGCCUUCCUGAAGGUGGCUCAGACUAGACUGGACGAGCGUACCAGGAGGCCAAACAUAGAGCUCUGCAGAGACAUGGCCCAGCUGCGCCUUGUUAACGAGGUAUACGAGGUGGACGACACCAUCCAGACCCUGCAGCAGCGCCUGAGGGAUGCAGAGGACACCUUGCAGCUGCUGGUGCACACCAAGGCCACCCUGGAGCACGACCUGGCUGUCAAAGCCAAUUCCCUGUACAUCGACCAGGAGAAGUGCAUGAGCAUGCGGCGGAGCUUCCCCACUACCCUGCGGCUGGCGGGCUACUGCUAGCAACCCACCCAGGGCAGGUGGGGUGGAGCCAGGGCAUGUGUGAGUGUUGGAAUGGAAUGCUAAUAUAUUCCCUUAUUAAAGGAUUGUAUGACGGGAAUGCACCAAGCUCCUAUCACAGAAAGCCUUUUUGUUUGUCCCUGUACUAUAACUUUCUGCUAUUUACUAAGCACCUGGGUUAUGGGAAGGAUAUGAAGAAAUAAUCGAUCCAAUAGAAAAGGUAAAAGUGAUAGUUGUUAUUAUUCUUGUUAUUUUGUGUAUGAUAUGAAUGGACUGCAUUCGCUCUGAGGCCGUGGGGAAGCA